AGCGUGUUGUGGGACUUUGAAGUUGCGAUUUUCUUGGAGAUUGAAGGGAAGCUGGUGAUAGCCUUUUUCUUUUCAUUUCUUUGCUUCAUCACAUUAUACCAAGAUGGAAAUCUAUUGUUCAUGGCAGGUUUGCACCGCACUAGAUGCUUGCAUGCGACUUGUAGGAGGAAUCUGGAGUCAUUCUGUGUUGUGUUUAUUUAUUCCCUUGUCUCUGUUUUCAUUCCAGUGAGUUUGACCACUCACAACAUGUAUUACUAUUGCAUUGAGGCAUCAAAAACAAAAUAUUUCUGGCAUGGGAGUCAAUGGUAAACAUCAUUCCGCUGAAGAAAAAGAAAAAGAGGAAUCUUGAUUAAAAAGUAUUUG